AUGUCACAGAAGGACCGACUGGCUAUUGGUGAAAAGUAUAAAAAGGAGGAAGAGGCGAAAAAUAUGAAUAUAAUGGUGACAAUGAAUAUUGAAGAAGACAAGAUUUGUGCUGGUUUUCUCUCUCUAAAAUCUGGCGAUGCAAAAAGUCUAGUGUUCUCACUCCGCGUCACUUCCAUUCCUUUACGAUUCUGCUCUCUCCUUCUAGGGUUUUUAAUUAGAUUAUGCAUUGAUAGAAUUUGUUGA